AUCAACAAUCAAAAACUCACUUACCAAUCAGUACCAAACUCGAUCCUCAGAAUGUCUUUUGUUACCUCUAGACCGAUCCAGUAUCGUAUUUACGGCUACACAUCCGCCGCUUCCGGCGAGCAACCCUAUCAAGUUCUGCAACUCCAACUGCGCUAUUUCCGCCGUGAGAUCUCUGUUUCUCCGCUCUCCGGAGUUACGUACCUUCAAGAAACUGCACCGAUUCUACUGAGGAAUCUUCUGUUCCCGCUCCGUCUGCAGGAACUCCAUAAUCCGGUGUUCCUCCAGGGAUGGAGCAAUGACAAUGCACUGGGGGAGGAGACGGCGAUUCUGGAAGAAGCUCGGCCGGUGACGGAGAAAGUGGAAGAGAAUGGGGAAGAGAUGGGGGAUUGCAGUAUCUGUUUGGAAGAACUGAAUGGGAAUGGGAAUGGAAAUGGGAAUGGCGAAGGGAAGAAGAGGGAGGAGGUGAUAAGGAUGCAAUGCGGGCAUGUGUAUCAUGAGUCAUGCAUCUUCAACUGGCUACACCAUAACAGUUCAUGCCCCUUGUGCAGAGCCCCAUUGUGA